AGUGACAGAGUCCAAUGGGAGAAGCGAUAGCUUUUCGGUGAGGGAUAGAAAUGAUGAUUGAACACGAUAUAAGGCUUGCUCUACUUGAGACGUACUGUAGACUCUCACACAUUCAUUAAACAGGGAAGAAUUGAGUGAUCUAGAACAGAGAGAUUGUUGCUUAAAAACUAGAGAAAGGGUUGAGGUAGAGGAACACAUCGGGUGGAGAUUUUGGGGACGAGAGAGCAAUAAGAGAACCACGAAAUGGCUCGUAUUAAGUGUGAAUUUGAUGAAACAGAAAUGUGGUCUAGUACACCCGUAUUUUUCUUGUUUUCCAAUUACAAAAUGACCCCGUUGAUCAAAAACUAUAUACAUCACCCCUAGUAACCUCUAUAUUUAUGGUAGUCUAAUUUAUUGGAACUCGAAUGAGGUUGAUUUAUGGAUUGUUCAAAUUUUCUUAAUGAUCUAAUCACAUAACUAAAAGUAGUUGAUGAUGUUAUGUUAAAAUGGUUUUUGCUAAUAACCAAAAACAUUUGGAAUUGGAACUAAUUUAUUACAUUGUACACACAUUACUCGUCCAAAAUGAUUGUUUCCUAUCAAUUUUAUUGUAAUAAACUAAUAAUCUCACUAGGUAAAUCGAAAGAGACACAUUUCUCCCUCAGAAAAUAAAAAUAAAAUAAAAAUAUUUUUCAUCACUCACUCUUUUUUCCCAGCUAUUUUGGUGGAGAGGAUAGAUCCUAAACCUCUCGCCUUUACACGUGGUGGAGUCCUAGCCAUCAGAUCAAAACCUCCCAGAUUGUAUAUGAUACCAGCCGUUCGUUCAAAAUCAACCAUAACAAAAGCGCGGGAAAACGAAGAGACUGUAAGAAUCUGUCACGCAAAACGUCACCCAGCCCGAGUAGCUGUAAAUUUCUCCUUUUUUUUCGCUAGCUAGGAGCUGCUACUGCAGAAGCAGCAGCACUGCAAUAAACACCAUAUAAACAACAAAUUAGAAAGCGAUUCUGGAAAGAGAAAAUUAGAGUACAACAGAAGCUAGGCUGAGAACGAAGAGAGAGAGCAAGCCAAGAAACAAAGAAAGAGAGCGUUCCUCUGCUAGGCUUUGUCCUUUCUGCCGCUGUCAAUGGGUCCGAAGAAGAGUCCGGGUCCGAAGAAGAGUCCGGCGGCCGUCGGAGAUAAGCGGGUGACCCGCAGCGCCUCGGUGACUCCGGCAAGGGCGACCCGUAGCAAGAAUGUGAAGCUAACCCCGGCCCUCGGCAGCGAGGCUUCGCCUAAGAAGAAGAAGGCGAGAACUCCGACUCCGAAGAAGGAGCAGGAAGUGAAGCCUGAGGAGGAGGUGCCAGAACCGCCUGCAGUCCCGGAGCAAGCGGAGGAGAAGCCGGCGGAUGACGGUGGCGCUGGGGGAUCUCAGCAGGCGGGAGGUUCUGAAGAAGUUGCUAAGCCGGAGGACGACGCCGAGAAGAGAAAGAAUGACAAGGGGAAAGCGGUUGCGGAGGACAACAGCGACGGAGGAGAAGCUGAGGAUGACGGUGGCGAGGCCGAGAAAGAUGGAGCGGGAGAAGAAGCGCCUGAGCAGGACGACGAUGGCGGUGCCGCAGGGAAGACUCUGAUCAUCGAACACUGCAAACAGUGCAAAUCAUUCAAGGAGUGUGCUGAUCAGGUGAAAGCUGGCUUGGAGGCAGCUGUACCUGGGAUUACUGUGCUGCUCAAUCCUUAUAAGGCGGGUAGGAAGGGUUGCUUUGAGGUGCGCGAGGAAGGAGGGGAAGUCUUCAUCAGUCUUCUGGGUAUGAAGCGCCCAUUCAAUCAAAUGAAAGAGCUUAACCUCGAUCAAGUCGUGGCCGACAUCGUUAGCAAGCUCAAUUGACAGCAAAGUACAGUGGAGUAGGUUGGUUUGCUGCUCGGGUGGGUAUCAAAUUUUGGGGGAGAGCAGUGGAAAGAAAGGGUUUUAACAUAGUUUGGUCCUUGAGAGAGACAUUUUUUCAGUACCUAGUACUACAUAUGACUACAUUGCUUUAGAUUUGUUGCUCUGGAACUUCAUCUUGCGGCUGGGUUUAGAAGUUCAGGGCCGGAGCCUUAACCACAGGCACAGCUCAUUUCGGACGAAUUCGUCGUCAGAGGCCUCAUUCGGUCGUUGCUCUAUAUUCUGAUUGCUGGUUGGGCAGAGAUCAAAGCAUUUAUGUAGUUGCAACUCUGCUACAUAGUUCCUCUCUGCCCUAACCUUGACCUGCUGUCAACUUUAAUGAAAACUAGAAUUCCUU